AUGGCAAAGCAAGCAAUACACAAAGUCUUUGCACUCGACAAAUCCUCAAGCCCCUCCAAAUCGAAACCGCAGCCUCAGGAGUCAGAGUCAUUCAAUGCACCCCAAAAGGAAGAACCAUUCAGCUGGACUGGAUCGUGGGCACCGGAGAUUGUAGCUGCCGUAUUCAGUACGGUUUGCAUCGCUAUGUUGAUUGGCUUCCUGAUUUACAUUUAUGAUAGGCCGUAUGCCACCUGGGGAUAUCGCGUUUCCCCCAACGCAAUCAUAUCGAUAAUCGUCACCGCCGCAAAAGCAACAAUGCUCGUUUUGGUACCGUCGUGUCUUAGCCAGUUGAAGUGGAACCAAUAUCAGACACCAACGCCGCUAUAUAAUAUGCAGCUUUAUGAUCAGGCCAGCCGUGGGGCCUGGGGCUCUUUUCAGAUUCUUUGGAGGAUAACCCCGGGGCUAGCAACUAUGGGCGCGCUGCUUAUGAUACUGUCUCUGGCCAUUGAUCCAUUUGCGCAACAAAUACUGGCCUUCCCCACGCGGAGUGUACUGGCUUCCAACGAAACGGCUUUUGUCCAAGCCGCGCAUACAUAUGGGAAGGCACAAGGACGUACAGCAUGGGAAACAAUAAAGAACGUCAGCUCGGAUUAUGACCUGAGCCCCUCAAUGAACGCUGCUAUCCUGAACGGGCUUGCUCAGAACAAUGAGCCCCUCAAGCCGCAAUGUUCAUCAGGGGAUUGCCAAUAUCCUGACUUUGUGACAUUGGGCUUCUGCAGUCGAUGCCAGGAUAUCACCAGCCAGGUUAAUCAAUCCUGUAAGGUUGAUCCCUCAUUAACGAAAGUGCAAUCAAAGUUUGGAUGGUCGGAUGUUAUAUUGCAGGCUCCAGAGAAUUGCACAUAUAUAUUACCAGAUGGGUACGAGUUUCUUGCUCAGACGAUGGAAGCUAAUUAUAACUUCACCGUGUGGGAAAUGGGGCUACAUAAUACACCGGUCCUCAGCACCAAGCGUCAGAAGUGGAUGUCCUUUAUCAGGGGAGACGGAAGAUCCCCUGCUCUUGGAAUACAAAAGCCAGUUUUGACCUUCAUUUCAUCAAGAUAUGCGAACGAAAUCAAUAUAUACACACGGGACAAUUACACGACGCCCGAGAAGAAACCAGACAUAAGUAUGUGUACGAUAUAUGCGUGUGAAAAGCAAUACAAAAACAACGUUUACUCGGGAGGCAACGGCCGCCUUCGGGUCGACAAGGAACAACAACUGGGACCGAAUGUCAACGCAAGUGACCCUAAUAUUUCGCAGAUCACAUUAGUCCCACCUGAUCAAACGGAGCAGCUAUCCCCGAAUUCCAGUUAUUCCAUCGAAAGCUACACCUGGAGCAAAAUAGAGUCAGCCAUGCUUGGAUUAUUCAAAUUGGAUAAUAUUCUGAUGGACGGUCUAAACAUGAUGGCUGCCACCAUCAUGGGCGGGAUUAAUGACGCUGAUGCAACGAUGGAUGCAAUGACUACCAGCAUGACCGACAUUUUGCGUACAGACACUACCACAGGUUUUACAAUCCCUGGGAAAGCCUUGCGGCAUGAAACAUACAUAAAAGUGAGGUGGCCUUGGAUCAUUCUCCCAACACUUGCAGUUCUUUUUUCGAUCAUGCUAUUUAUAGCCACCGCGACCACAAGCCGCAGGUCAAAUAUGAUGUUGUGGAAAGAUUCCGUGCUGCCGUUGCUUAUGUCUCGACUUCGGACAGAUUCGGCUGAGGAUAUUGAGUCUCUGUCCAAGGUCGACGAAGUGGAGCGCGUUUCGAAGCAGAUCAAAGUUGUUGGUGGAGAGAAGGGCUCCCCUCUCGUGUUUUCUGAGGUCAAGGAUGGGUUUCAUUAA